GGGUCUCCCUCCCCUCCCUUCCCUUCCUUCCCUCUCUGCCUGUGCUACGGGCCGCAGGAGAAGGAGGCGGCGGCAGCUCGAGAUCAGACAUGGCGGCGGAUCUGAACCUGGAGUGGAUCUGCUCCUUGCCCCCGACCUGGACUUACGGGAUCACCAAAGGCGGCCGCGUGUUUUUCAUCAACGAGGAGGCGAAGAGCACCACCUGGCUGCACCCCGUCACGGGAGAGGCCGUGGUCACCGGUCAUCGGAGGCAGAGCCCAGAUUUGCCUACUGGUUGGGAAGAAGCAUAUACUUUUGAAGGAGCAAGAUACUAUAUAAAUCACAAUGAACGGAAGGUGACCUGCAAGCAUCCAGUUACAGGCCAGCCAUCACAGGAUAAUUGUAUUUUUGUCGUAAAUGAACAGACCACCACAACUAUGACCUCGGAAGAAAAGAAGGAACGACCCAUAAGCAUGAUAAAUGAAGCUGCUAACUAUAAUUUGACUUCAGAUUAUGCAGUGCAUCCAGUGAGCCCUGUGGGCAGAUCUUCACGUUCUUCAAAAAAAGUUCAUAAUUUUGGAAAGAGAUCAAACUCAAUUAAAAGGAAUCCCAAUGCACCUGUUGUCAGACGAGGUUGGCUUUACAAACAGGAUAGUACUGGUAUGAAGCUGUGGAAGAAACGCUGGUUUGUGCUUUCUGACCUGUGUCUCUUCUAUUAUAGAGAUGAAAAAGAAGAAGGUAUACUGGGAAGCAUUCUCUUACCUAGUUUUCAAAUAGCAAUGCUUACCUCUGAAGACCACAUUAAUCGCAAACAUGCUUUUAAGGCCGCCCAUCCAAACAUGCGGACAUAUUAUUUCUGCACUGAUACAGGGAAGGAAAUGGAGCUGUGGAUGAAAGCCAUGCUAGAUGCUGCACUUGUACAGACAGAACCUGUCAAAAGGGUGGAUAAGAUAACGUCUGAAAAGGCACCAACUAGAGAGGUCAAUAAUAUUUCCAACCAUAGGGUGCUAAUUAAGCCAGAGACACAGAGCAGCCAGAAAAAGAAAGAAGUAAGAAGAAGUGAAGAAAAAAGGGCCUUAGAAGCUGAAAAAUAUGGAUUUCAGAAGGAUGGUCAAGAUAGACCUUUAACAAAAAUUAACAGUGUAAAAUUGAAUUCUCUGCCUUCAGAGUAUGAGAGUUUAACAACCAACACAAAUCAGCCUGGACGCUACCGGCCAGCUCAAACCGAUGGUUCAGAAGCUAAAGCAAUCAAUGUUAGCCUUGCAGACCUUAGAAGUGGAAGUCAUCAUAAUACUGUGCCAGUUCAUAUCGAAUCUGAUCGAGUUAUACAAAGAACCAAUUCAAUGUUGCAACUGGAGCAGUGGAUUAAGAUCCAGAAGGGGAAGGGUCAUGAGGAGGAGACCAGGGGUGUGAUAUCCUACCAGACAUUACCAAGAAAUAUGCCAAGCCACAGAGCCCAUGUUGUUCCUCGCUAUCCUGAAGGCUACAGAACUCUCCCAAGAAAUAGCAAGACAAGACCUGAGAGCAUAUGCAGCAUCACACCAUCGGCUCAUGACAGGACAGUGGGACCACCAACAGAAGAAAAGCGGAGAUCCAUGAGAGAUGACACAAUGUGGCAGCUCUAUGAGUGGCAGCAGCGUCAGUUCUACAAUAAGCAAAGUACUCUCACUAGACAUGGCACUUUAAGCAGCCCUAAAACUAUGAUUAACAUUUCUGACCAAGCAAUGCACUCUAUUCCCACAUCACCUUCCCAUGGUUCAAUAGCUGCUUUUCAGGGAUAUUCUCCUCAGCGAACUUAUAGAUCAGAAGUCUCUUCACCGAUACAGAGAGGAGAUUUAACAGUGGAGCGCAGACACCGAACACAUCACCCCAAGCAUGUUUUUGUACCUGAUCGAAGGUCGAUGCCGGCAGGCUUGACUUUACAGCCAGUUAAUCCCCAAAGCCUCCAAGGCAAGACGCCAGAGGAGCUCACACUGCUGCUAAUAAAGCUGAGACGGCAGCAAGCUGAACUGAGUAGUAUCCGGGAAAAUACAUUAGCACAGCUCAUGCAACUCAAACUUGAGGCUCACUGUCCAAAGAAUGAGAUUCUUUCACAUCAUCUUCAAAAGAACACCCUAUACUUGGAUCAUCAGCUGUCACAAGAUGAGUAUAGAGGUACAUUGUACAAGUACAGAUCUGAGGAGGUGGAUAUUGAUGCCAAACUAAGCAGAUUAUGUGAACAAGAUAAAGUGGUACAUGCAUUGGAAGAGAAACUUCAGCAGCUCCACAAGGAGAAAUACAUGCUUGAGCAAGCUUUGCUAUCAGCCAGCCAAGAAAUAGAGAUGAAUGCAGAUAAUCCAGCAGCCAUUCAGAGUGUAGUUUUGCAAAGGGAUGAUUUACAGAAUGGACUACUUAGCACAUGCCGAGAACUAUCUCGAGCUACAGCGGAACUAGAAAGAGCAUGGCGAGAAUAUGACAAAUUAGAAUAUGAUGUAACAAUUACGAGGAACCAGAUGCAAGAACAGUUGGAUCGACUUGGUGAAGUACAGACGGAGUCAGCAGGCAUUCAGCGUGCACAGAUUCAGAAAGAACUUUGGAGAAUUCAGGAUGUCAUGGAAGGUUUGAAUAAACAUAAACAGCAGCGAGGCACCACAGAGGCUGGUAUCAUAGGAUCAAAGGCUUUUUCUGCAGUUAAGUACAAAAGUGAGGGUCCUGAUUAUAGACUUUACAAGAGUGAACCAGAAUUAACAACUGUAGCAGAAGUUGAUGAAUCUAAUGGAGAAGAAAAGUCUGAACCUGUUUCAGAGAUAGAUUCUGUAACUAAAGGUUCACAUUUUCCUGUUGGAGUUGUACCUCCCAGAACCAAAUCACCAAUGCCUGAGUCUUCAACAAUAGCCUCUUACGUAACCUUAAGGAAAACUAAGAAGAUGAUUGAUACAAGAACGGAAAGGCCUAGAAGUGCAGUGGAACAGCUGUGUUUAGCUGAAAGUACUCGACCUCGUAUGACUCUGGAGGAACAAAUGGAAAGAAUAAAAAGACGCCAACAAGCUUGCCUAAGGGAGAAGAAAAAAGGACUGACUCUCAUUGGUACAUCAGACCAGUCACCCCUGCAGUGUCCAUCAUUUUGCAGAGAUAAUCCAUUCAGGGUGAUCCAGACUCAGAGGGAUGAUUUGAUGUCAAAUAACGUUAAGGAACUGGAGAACAUCAGUAGAGAAGACAGUGUUGAACCAAACCUUGAAACUUCUGUGGAAGAAAUAGCUCAACUAAAAGAAACAAUCGCCAUAGACCCUCAGGAUGAGGAUCUCAGUAAAGAGUUAAUGAAAACUGAUAGUAACUCAUUCUGUGAAACACUAAUCAAAUCUGAGCCAAGAGAAGAGAAUUCUGAAGAAAUGAUGGAUAAGCAAAAGGAAAGAGAAAAAAUAUCUGAUGAUGUUUCAUACAGCUCCCAAAGUGUGGCUCUAAUCACAAAUCAUAAACCGGAAGGCAAUUCAGAAGAAAAGGAGAUGACCAGUAUCAAUGAACAAGAAGAGAACGUCAUUUCUUAUGAAUCAACUGCUGAGAUUUCAAGAGGAAAUCAAACAAUACCAGUGAAAAAUCUGCCCCAGUCACCUGAGCCUUCAACAUCACCAGUUCCAUCAGCACAACCACAACUCACAGAAGGAUCACAUUUCAUGUGUGUAUAGUUACAGAGAACUACAACAGCUUCUGUUGAAAUAAUUCAUAGUUAAGGAUAUGGACCUAUGGAAGUGUCAGAAGAAAUUGUACAGUCUCUUAAAUCUAUGAAAUUCAUAGUUCAGAUGCUUUUAACCACAGAGCAUCAUUUUAUCACUUCUGGAAAUGUUUAUUCCAAGAUAGCUUUAAUGGCCCAUAGGUACACUCCACAAUAUCAAGGUUAUCUAUUAUGACACCAGCUUGCUGCUAUGAUUUCAGUGCACAUAAAUAAUGGUGCUUUUUAACGUGUAGCCUACAGCCAUAGCUUAGUUGCUGUGUUCCAGAUUUAAAUGUUUCUUAAUUCUACGUUGAUUUACAUUUGGAUUUUGACUUUUUAGUACAUGAAAUUGGUUACUUUUACACAACUCUACUGAAGCUUAUUUUCUCUUUGGCUACUAUAAUGCAUUGUUUCACACUUGGUUUGUAAAAUUCUUAUAUAUGUGUGUGUAUUUAAAAUGUGCCAUUUUAUUAUUGCUAAGUGAAAUGUCCUGUUUUUGCUGUAAUUAUUUCUCAGUCACAUUGCACUCAGUCACAUUGCAGCGUCAGCAGUUAACUGCCAUACUGUUGUCAACAUAUAAACAAAUGUUAAGGCCUAUUUUUCCUUAAAAACAAAAUAAAGUGUAGGUAUUUUGAGGUACUGGGCUUUUACUUCUUUGGAAUAGGUGUGUACAGCAAUAAGCUUUCCAAUUCCAGUACUUAGUUUGUGUACAAAUGUAAUUAUGUUCAUUGUGUAU